AAGCUGGAGAGUGCAUGGACGGGCAAGCAAAGCAGUAUCAUUACCGCGUGCAAACCAAUCGGACGGACCUAGCAGUUCGCUCUCGCCUUCGAAGUGUAGUCGUGCGGCGGCUCGUGGACUUUACUAUUUACAUUGUGCUAAUUAUAGAUUGGAAGUGUCAAAAAUGCUUUCGUAUGCAUAUGCAGCCAUCCAGCUGCUGUUGCAGAUCUUCUCCAAAGGAUGUCGAAUGGUGAAGCGAGAAUUCCACAGAAGAAUGAGCUGGGCCAUACGAAGGCUGCUUCGCGGGGCGAUGUACCUGUUCAGUUGGUUCGUGGUACCGUACUCGUAUUUGGUUAGUGCACGGAUAAGUUCCAAGCGAUUACCACCGGUCGAGAACCCAUUGCUGCAGAUACCGGCUGUCACGCUAGCGGCGAAGAUCCGAACGGGACAGAUCAAAAGCGAAGACGUUGUCAGUGCCUACAUCGAACGCUGCCGGCAGGUCAAUCCGAUCCUGAAUGCCAUCGUUGAGGACCGCUUUGAGCACGCACUGGAGGAUGCUAGGCGAAUUGAUGAAGAAGUGGCUAAAGGUUUGAGAACUGAAGAGCAAAUGAUGAAGGAGACUCCUAUCCUAGGAGUACCGAUCACCAUCAAGGAGAGCUUGGCUGUUAAAGGCAUGAGCAAUACGGGGGGUAGGAAACUGAAGAAGAAACACAUCGCUCAACAUGAUUCCCCUGUGGUGGAGCAAAUCAAGAAGAGCGGUGGAGUCAUUUUGCUUGUAAGUAACACUCCCGAGCUGUGUCUAUGCUGGGAAACGUACAACAAAUGCACGGGACUAACCAAGAACCCUUACAACCCCAAACGAACUGUGGGUGGAUCCUCGGGUGGAGAAGCAGCCUUAAUCAGCUCUGCUGCAUCCCUCAUAGGCGUAACGACAGACAUCGCUGGCUCGUCCCGGCUUCCUGCCGCCUUCGUCGGAGUGUUUGGUCACAAACCGUCCCCAUUCAGUGUGUCGCCAUAUGGUCACAAUCCCUCCUGCGAAGACGAAUCAUGGGGAAAUUUCUUCACACCUGGUGCAAUGUGCCGCUACGCUGAAGAUCUCCCACUACUACUUAAGGCUAUGCAAGACCCCUUGGGGGCUCCCCUCAUGCUUGAUACGUCAGUAAAUCUUACCGAAAUAAACUACUACUACAUGGAAAACGACGGACCAACCGGACUGACGGAACCCAUUCAACCGGACAUCCAGGAUGCUAUUAUGAACAUCGUUAACCACUUCAACGCCGAGAAAGUUUCAUUGAAACGCCUGAUCUGGGCCCUGGACAUUUCCAUCUGCAAAAUGCUUCGAAUGAAGAACAUAGAAACGAUCUACACCCAGCAGAGGGAUGGUCAACCGAAUACCACUAUCGGUAAGGAGUUGCUCAAAUACUUCUGCGGUUGUUCCGACUCCGAUCUUCCAUCGGUGGUGAUCGGCCCCAUGCAGCAUAUUGUCCAGAACUACAUACCCAGCUCGAGGUUAGCAUUCCUGGACGAGCAGACCGAGCUGCUGCGAAAAGAUUUCCUAGAUCUGCUUGGUAAGGACGGCGUCUUUAUUUACCCAGUGUUCCCGAAUACGGCUCAUCGACAUUUUGAAAUCUUCCAUAAACUGGUCGACACGAGCUACAUGAUGGUGUUCAACACUCUGGGUUUACCUGCCGCGUCUUGUAUGGUGGGGCUAGACCGGAACAAGCUUCCCAUUGGAGUACAGAUCAUUGCUAGUCCCGGUCAGGAUCAUUUGAUUUUCGCAGUGGCACAGGAGUUGGAACGAAAGUAUGGCGGCUGGGUGCCGCCACCGUCACACGGUUAUUCAUGAAACGUACCAUGCGCAGCUCAGUGAUGAAGAGCAAAUUAUAAGUUAACAGUGUGAUUGAAGAUAGGAAGAUUUGUGUAUUUGAUACCGUACUUUAAGAUACUGCAAUUAUGAAUGCAUUCCCUGUAAAUCGAGUGUGUUUGUC